AUGUUCUCCUUGAGGACGGCGCAGCCUGCGCAGUCUUUGCUUCGCCGCGCCACUGUUGCGGGCUCUCUUCCCCGUUCGUCCAUUGCGGCGAGAUCUUUUGCUACCAUUCAGUCAGAUAUUUUCAAGCCCACCAAGUAUGGCGGCAAAUACACCGUUACACUGAUUCCAGGUGAUGGUAUCGGUGCUGAGGUGGCUGAAUCGGUCAAGACUAUCUUCAAGGCCGACAAUGUCCCCAUUGAGUGGGAGCAGGUAGACGUCAGCGGUGUUGAUACCGGCAACAAGCACUCCGAGGAGCUCUUCAAGGAAUCGAUCGCCUCUCUGCGUCGCAACAAGCUGGGUCUCAAGGGUAUCCUCUUUACCCCCGUGGAGCGCUCCGGUCAUCAGUCGUUCAACGUCGCUCUUCGUCAGGAGCUGGAUAUCUUCGCCUCGAUUGUUCUCAUUAAGAAUAUCCCCGGCUACAAGACGCGCCACGAGAACGUCGAUCUCUGCAUUAUCCGUGAAAACACUGAGGGAGAAUACUCUGGUCUUGAACAUCAGUCUGUGCAGGGUGUGGUUGAGUCGCUGAAAAUUAUCACCCGCGCCAAGUCAGAGCGGAUCGCAAAGUUCGCCUUUGGAUUCGCUCUCGCCAACAACAGGAAGAAGGUCACCUGUAUCCACAAGGCAAACAUCAUGAAGCUUGCUGAUGGCCUGUUCCGCAGCACCUUCCACAAGGUUGCUGAGAUGUACCCCACUCUUGAGGUCAACGACAUGAUUGUGGACAACGCCUCCAUGCAGGCCGUUUCUCGGCCUCAGCAGUUCGACGUGAUGGUCAUGCCCAACCUCUACGGAGGUAUCCUCUCCAACGUGGGCGCCGCUCUUGUGGGCGGACCCGGUGUGGUCCCCGGUUGCAACAUGGGACGGGACGUUGCGGUCUUCGAACCCGGCUGCCGCCAUGUUGGUCUUGAUAUUAAGGGCAAGGACCAGGCCAACCCCAGUGCUAUGAUCCUUUCUGGUUCCAUGCUUCUCCGUCACCUUGGCUUGGAUGAUCACGCCAACAGAAUCUCCAAGGCUGUGUAUGAUGUCAUUGGUGAAGGUAAAACGAGAACUCGCGAUAUGGGUGGUCAGGCUACCACUCACGAGUUCACCAGGGCCGUCUUGGACAAGAUGGAGGCGGCUCUGUAA